GCAAGCAACUUUUGAGGGCCCGGGAACAACGGAGCUGAGAUGAAAAGGAUCCUACAAAGGAUCCAGCCUCUCAGCCUGGAGAGAGGGAAGCCAGCCAGAAGCAAGGCGCUGAGCUCCUUGCAAGUAACCCCCAUCAAGGGCAGAGCAAGAAAGGAGGACUAAGGCUGAAGGGGUCACGAGUACCAAGGCGUUGUGGCCAUCAUUGUCUUCCUCCACAGUAUGAAUUCAAGGCCAAGAACGUGAAGAAGAGGAAAGUCAACAUUGUCGUCUCGGUUGACGGGGUGAAGGUGCUGCUGCGGAAGAAGCAGAAGAGAAAGGAAUGGACCUGGGAUGAGGGUAAAAUGAUGGUGAUGCACGACCCCGUCUACAGAAUCUUCUACGUCUCCCACGACUCGCAAGAUCUCAAGAUCUUCAGUUACAUCGCCAGGGACAGCACCAACAAUUCCUUCCGCUGCAAUGUGUUCAAGUCCAAGAAGAAGACCCAGGCGAUGCGCGUGGUACGGACGGUGGGCCAAGCGUUCGAAGUGUGCCACAAGCUCAGUCUGCAGCACGCCCUCCAGAACGCAGAUGGCCAGGCAGAUGGGGCCAGCAACAAUUCUGCGGAUGAUUCUCAGCUAGAAGGUCUCCAGCCGGUGGAACCGUCCUUGGCUGACAGAGAGAAUACCCUGGCCAUCUCGGGAGGGGCGUGCCUGCCCGACUGCGGCGUCUGCGAGCUGCCUUUCUCCGUGCCUGACCUGGGGGACCUGAAAACUGGGCUCAGCCCGACGGCCAGGGACAGCCAGGAAAAUGAGAACAGCUGUCUUCGGCCCUCCUCUGCCCAGCCGCUAGGCAGCACCGGGAGCCCCGGUUCCUCUGCCUCGGCCACCCCGCUCGCCUCCCAGCACUGCCUCCAGCUGCUCCAGCAUCAGCUCUUCCAGCAGCAGCAGCAGACGCAGGUGGCCAUUGCACAGGUGCAACUGCUGGAAGACCAGCUGUCGGCCGAGACCACCGCCCGCGUGGAGGCCCAGGCUCGGGUCCGCCAACUGCUCCUGACUAACCGCGAUCUCCUCCAACAUGUCUCCUUGCUGGUGAGGCAACUGAAGGAGCUGGAGAUCAAGGUGCAGCCGCGACGUCCAGUUGACCGUUCACUGCAGAACUUGAACUUGGACCACCCGCUGUCCCUCAGCCUGAAGGACCACUGCAGCCUGGAAAUCAAUUUGUCUUCCACCUCGACACCAGCCAGCAUAGCGGGCAGCCCCAUGACGCAUCUCGCCCUGUAUGAAUCCCACCAGAACAUGGCCAGCUUGGAGAAGGGCGGUGGACUGUCCAGCAGGCUAGAGAACGAAGAACAGCUGGUGGUUCUGGAAGGGCCCGACGGCCUCCGCAGCGUCGAGGGAUCCGAGGCGGACGAAUGCGGCGGGCCCAACGGAGGCACGCAGCCAACAUGCAGCGGCCCAGAUGCACCGGUGCAGAGGGAAAGAUUGCAGCUGUUCAUUCCCAAGCUGAAUCCACCUCCACCCACCCUGCGGAGGAGAUCGAGUAAGACCAUCUCUCCUUGCUCGGAGACGGAGAAGGUUGGAGCAGCUGCCAGAGCCUAUCCAGAACCCUCCAUGCUCGGUAGCGCUGGCAUCUUCUCUAGGUCUGAGUCUGACGCCAGGACAGCUAGUGGCCGUGCCAAAACCCAAAGCCGGGAGGGUAUUGGGCAGGACGCAGAGGCACGUUCGCCGGUGGAAGACCCAAGGGAAGCAGCUGAGAACUUGAACGUCACACAGCCCUUCUUGGCCAUCAAUGAAACCUGUUUGCGUAUCAGCCUGUCUGAGGAUGAGCUUGACAAGAAUGGGACCUGUGCGGCUCUUGCAUAAAGCGCUUCAAGGACAGACUGUUGUUUGAAUGCUCUGUUGAUACAGGACAGAAAUCCUGAAAUGGGUCCACGAAAGUAACGCUGCACAAAAGCAGAAGCUGGGAACUGAAACCGCUGUCUCCGGAUGAAGGCAACUUGGAGGCUCUGAAGUCUUCCAGCCAGAAGAGGGCAUCUUCCUCCAAGCACCACCUGAACGCGCCGAAGAAGUAACACCCAACUUCUUGGUGUGGUUGGCUGGUUUGCAAACUGUGAUACCAUCGUAAGAAGUGAAUGUCCAUCAGGAAAACAUCCUCACCACCUUCACUCCCUCCUGGAGAGGACCUCAGCCCCAACUGCUGAACAAAUGGCCCUGCCGGAGAUUGCUCCCAAGGCUUGAACAAGUCCAUGAUCUUUCAGGGGCAAUGGGGCCAGAACAGCUAAUUGCAGGUGGCCUGGAUAAUGGAAGACGUGGGAGGUUCCACCGUUCAGCCAACAAAGGUCAACAUCUAAGAGCUGAGAGAAAGUUACUGCUAGUUUAGCAAUGAUUUCCAGCUGCCUCCAUGGAGUUCAGGGGAGACAUGCAGAUGACUGCUGCUCUCCAGAGGUCUGUAUGACAGAAGCCAGCCUCCUCCUGCCUGAGUUUUGAGCCGAGGGGGACACCCCAAUGCCAGGAUUCCCGAGCCGAGGAAGCCGGGUGCCCCCCGAAGCCUCUUCCCUCCCUGUCUCCUUCACACAGCUCAACGUCUGUAGUUCUACUGGAGGAGAUGGGAGUGAGUUAUUCAGGAAAAGAGCUGGUGCUUAUUAAAAAAAAAAAGGUUUCUUGGGUCCUAGGAAAAAGAUUCUACCGAUGUGCAGGAAUUUGGCCCAAGCAGUCAGAAUCUGAGAUGCUUGCAUCUGGGGUAAAGGCCACCUGGGGCUAGUACAGGCUGUAACAGCUCCCCCCCCUCAGAAGCCCCUUCAUUACCCGUGGGGAUAAACACCUACCAGCAAGGAGCUGUAUGAAAAUGUCUUAAGGGUUCAAACUCAGUGCGUGGAACAGGACAGGAGUUGCAAACGGAGAUGCUGCUAUUGCGGACUCGCACUACAGGCACCAGGCUCACGCGGAGCAAAACAGAAUGACCACUGCAUUGCUGUGGGUGACGGCCACAAAAAGAGGGCAGAGUCCAGAGCAAGUUGUCGAAGAGGACAAGGGGAGGGGAGGGCCCUUAAAGGAUCAGAAAUGAGGUCUUUGUGGUAAGACAUGCACGAAAGGAGCUGCUCCAUCUGAAGACUCCAGAGGGAUGGAACUGUGUGAAUCGUUGCAAUGCAGAAAGGGAGUGUGUGAAAGAGGGAGAAAGAGAGAGAGAGACCAGGAAGGAAGGAUGUCUUAGAAGACACACUAUGACUGCGCUCUGUGCCAAGCGAUCGCCAACCAGGGGACAAGAUGGCAGCUUCAGAACAGACAACUGAGGCUGCCAACCUCCAAAAGUAAACCGCUCUCGCUCCUGUGCUUGUGGGACGGGCUGAAAUUUUCUGGAGCUGCUGCAUCACACUGAGACCAGCCCCAAGGCACGCUGUAGUUUCAGGGGUGCGGACCAUCCCACGGCAAGCCUGGGAAACUCCUGGCUGCGCUGGACCACCCAGCAGGGUCCCCCCUUCCCCCCAGGGAAAAACAAGGCCUUAACUUCUGAAUCAGAAGCCAGCUAUCAGACUUCUCUGUGUUCCUCGCCUCUCCAGCUGCUUUCACUUUCCCCAAAAGGGAGAAAAGGCAGAAAAAUGCGGGGAGUGUUUGGAAGCGACCCUCACGGCCAUUUUA